CGUUCAAUUUUGUUGAUAGCUGGGGGAUUGCCGACCGCUCAGCUGUUACUAAAAUUUCGUAUUUGUCCCACAUUUCGUUUAUUAAAACUUAAAUUAUUACACCAUUGUGAAAAUAUUAAACUUAGUGAAUUAGUAACUGUUAGGAUUAAUUCAAAUAUCGAAAUAGAUCAGUGGACAUGUCUGUGAUAGGAAAAAUAAUCGCGCCUAAUGUGUCGUAUAAAUUCGGAAAGUUGGGUGCGUCAAUAUUACCGGCGAAAUAUAAACGUACUUACUUUACAUACACCCAAGAAUUAUCCCAACCUCUUGAUAGAUUACCGGAGUUUGUGACUGCUAAAGAGGCGUUUGAAAAAUGUCUGAAAUCUGGUCAAACGGUGUUCUCCCAAGGAGCUGCAGCCACCCCCUACCGACUACUGGACGCCAUGACAGAUGUCGGCAAGGAUGCUUCAUUGAGAGAUAUCAAGGUCGUCCAUAUGCAUACAGAGAUGGACGCUAAAUAUGUUACGCCUGAGUGUAAAGAUAUUUUUAGAUCGGUAUCACUAUUUAUGGCGGCGAAUGUUCGCAAGGCAGUUUCUGAAGGGCGGUCUGACGCCAUCCCCAUAUUCCUGCAGGACAUCCCCAAGCUGUUCCACAGGAAGAUCAUCCAGCCUGACAUCUCCGUAAUUCAGGUAUCUCCCCCAGAUCAGCACGGCUACUGCAGUCUGGGAACCUCCGUGGACUGCGUCAGGGCAGCCCUAGUUAACUCCAAGAUUAUUAUUGCCCAAAUAAACUCUCACGUGCCUCGCACAUUCGGUGACGCAAUCAUCCACAUUUCUCAUGUGGACUAUGCGGUACAGGACCAUAUUCCAUUACCUGAACAUGGGGGUAAAGGGGGAAGUCCCGAGGAAAUGAAGAUUGGACAACUUAUAGGAGAUAAUCUGGUUGAAGAUGGAGCUACUCUGCAAAUGGGUAUUGGCAGCAUCCCGGACGCGGUGUUGUCAUCCUUAAAGAACCACAAGGAUUUGGGUAUUCACUCUGAGAUGUUCAGCGUCGGAGUCAUAGACCUUGUCAAACGUGGCUGCGUUACCAACAACAGAAAAAAGGUCCACAAGGGUCGCAUCGUCGGUUCGUUCUUGGUCGGUAACCAGGAACUUUACAGUUUUGUUGACAACAAUCCGUUUAUUGAAAUGUUGGAGAUUGAUUACGUUAACAACACGCAUAUCGUGUCGCUUCAGCCUAAUAUGACUGCUAUUAACUCGUGCAUAGAGGUCGAUCUCACUGGGCAAGUUUGUGCCGACUCCAUCGGUACAAGGAUGUACUCGGGCUUCGGAGGUCAAGUGGACUUUAUCCGCGGUGCGGCGGAAUCUGUAGACGGGCGUGGUAAGCCCAUCAUCGCUAUUGUCUCUGCUACAAAGCGUGGCGAGAGCAAAAUUGUGCCUACGCUUAAACAAGGUGCGGGAGUAGUAUCGACACGUGCGCACGUCCACUACGUGGUAACUGAACAAGGUAUCGCAUACUUAUUCGGUAAAACAUUGCGUCAGCGUGCAUAUGAACUGAUCAAAAUCGCUCAUCCAGACCAUCGCGAGUCUCUCGAAAAGGCAGCGUUCGAACGACUAAAGUGUAUGCCUGCGCCCUAAAAAGCCUAUAAAGUGACGAAUAUAUUGAAAUACAAUAACGACUAUCUAUACAAUAUAUAUAGAGAAUAGCAUAUAUUAAAUCUAAAUUAUGGUUUCCUGGUAGUAUGUUCACUUUAUUGUACUAUCUGUAAGUUUAAUAGCUUGGAACAUUGGCGCUUUUCUGUUUAUUUACUAUGUUUGAUAAAUAUCAAAAACCUGUUAUGGUUAAGUGACAGUUGAUGGACAUUUUGCUGUUGAAUAUUAUGAGAAGAGCUUGCUCUAAUUAAUCCUUUUCACCACAAAAGACACUUUAAAAUGUAUCCUAUCACCGAAAGUCUUACAUUUACUAUAAUAACACUAUAGUUUUCGAUGAAAUAAAUUGAGAAAUCGUCAAAAGAAUAUCUACAAAAAAAUAAUUGAAAAUUGAUUUGUUUUUUUUCUUGUUAGAUGUUAUAAGUAAGUAGAUUGGAAUGAUCAUAAAUAGGCCUAAUAUUUUAUUUGUUUUUCUAAGAAUAUUUUGUAUUUAUUGUUAAACCUUUCUUUGUAAAAAUAAGUGCAAUCAACGAAUUUUUUUUACAAUUGAAUUCCAUUUUUUAGGCAUUUGUUUUUUAUAUUAUUUUAUUAUUCAGUAAGUUUUUAAAUGUUUUUAGCUCUGUUUAUAGGUCUUAAUUAAACGAAAUAUAUGUUAAAUAGAAAAUAAGAAGCAGUCGUUAAUUAAAUAAAUAUACCAUUAAAA